AUGGCCACGGUCACAUGUCUGGCCCUCAAGCCAUCUUUGGCUAUUUCCAAGUGUGAGCCCACUAUCACAGAGCUCCAGGGAUGCGAAUCACCUAUAUCCCCUAUAUCCCCAUCUGAGAUGGCACCUAAGGUGAAAAGGAUCAACCCACCGGGAAAUGAGCCUGGCCGUCGAGAAUCACAAACAUCGACAUCUACUUCGAUCAGUCACUCUCGCUCAGCAUCCCGAAGCACCGUGCGGUCACGACCAAACAGUCGUCGCAGUUCCGUUCACUCACCACGCCGGGUUGUGUCCAACGCUGCUAUCGUGCCUGUCACAUCACCUCGCAGUUCCAUGCAGGACAAGCGCGAGUCACUACUAGCUCUACAUCGGGAAUCAGUCCGUCUAUUCCAAGGCGAUGGAUCAAACAGGUCCUCAACCGAGACAAGACCUUCUCUACACCGGACAGCAUCAGCUACCUAUAGAUCUCGCCAAGAUAGCCGCAUAUCAACAGAGAAAGGCAGCUCGGCACCCUCGUCACCAAUCGCACCUUCAUAUUCCAGCUUCCGCUUCGAGCCAGAGUCUACUUCACCGACCUCGCCCAGCGCACCACACUUCGUUACAUCAAGAGAUCGAUCAAACACCUUGCCCACCAACUACCACCACCACAGCCCCUCGUCCUCAUCCAUCCAUGUCCCGGCGACAGUAAUGGAGUGGACCUCGCCCGAUACCCGGCGGCGUGAGUAUGAGAAAAUCGACCGUGCAAGCAGUGGUGUUCGGGGUCUCUGGCGUCGCGUCGCGCCUCGCUGCUUCCAGUCCCGCCAAACUCGCACCCCGUUCUUUGAGGAGGGUAAGACUGAGCGCGAAGGCAGCGUGCGUCGGUUCCGCAUGGAUAUCCCCGAAGAUGAGGAGCCAGAAUCGGAUUCCCAUCAAGGAAAGUCGCAGGCCCAGCUCUUGGAUUUCCUGGGCAAGACACCGACCUCAAACUCGAAUUCAAAUAAAGAUUCCCCUGAUGGUGCUCGAAAACGUUGGACGUGUCUCCGUUCGAAGUCUUCUCCUCUUUCCUAA